CCUGCCUGCCUGCCGUAAAGUGAGCGGUGAGGCGGUUGCCGUGGCGGCGGCUUGAACGAGCGGCUCCGAAUAAACCGUCAAUAAUAACCGUCAAGUCAGAGAGGGAGAGCGCGAGGAGGAGGAGUAAAAUGGCCCCCUUAAAGUUUCGGAAGAUCGCAGUGUUGGGCUACAGGUCGGUCGGCAAGUCCUCUCUGACCAUCCAGUUUGUUGAAGGACAGUUCAUUGAUUGCUAUGACCCUACAAUUGAGAACACUUUUAACAAAGCCGUAAACUUUGGUGGUCAAGACUUCCAUCUACAGCUGGUGGAUACCGCUGGCCAGGAUGAGUAUUCAAUGUUCAGCCGUUCCCACACCAUGGAUGUUCACGGCUAUGUUUUGGUGUAUUCAGUGACCUCCAUGAAGAGUUUUGAAGUAAUCAAGGCCAUUCGUGGUAAACUACUUGACAUGGUAGGGAAAGUUCAAAUACCAACUGUGCUGGUUGCAAAUAAGAGGGAUCUUACUACAGAGCGGGUGGUAAAGACAGAAGAAGGAAAGAAACUUGCGGACUCGUGGGGAGCAGCAUUCUUGGAAUCCUCAGCAAAGCAGAAUGAUACUGCAGUAGAAAUCUUCAAAAUGAUAAUCCAAGAAAUUGAAAAGGCAGAUGGAUACACACAAGACAAGAAGUGCCACAUGAUGUAAUGAUACACGUGUGAGCAUGGCACUCUUAUCCAUGAUGGUGAAGAAAGGAGGAGGCACUUCAGUUUGCAUUCAAUUCAAACCAAACUGCUUUGUAAAUGGUUGCUGGUAGCGGAACGGACGGCACUGAAGUCUACUCUUUCUGCACUAAUCAGCUCAAAUCAGUUUGAUUUGCUUAAUCACUGGUUUACGACGGUUGUUUUGUAUUGGUCAUUUCUGCCAUUCUGUGCAGUUUAUGUUUUGCUAGUUCUUAUCUAGGCUAGUACAGUGCCUCUGGAAUUUUCAAAUGUUUCACAUAAAAAUGGACUUGGAAUUAUAAGGAAGGAACCUCCCAAUGUUACAUUUUGAAGGUUUAUAUUAAGCCAUUUUUAAGGAAGAAAUGCACUUCACAUUCAAGAACUAUCUAUAAUCUAGAGUCAACAACACUUGGUAAUCUGUCACAGCCUUUUUUAAUUGGAUAAAGGUUAUUUACACUGAGUGAUGGGGAAUAGUACAGCCUUGAAAGGGAAGGAUUCUUUUUCUCUCAUGAUAGAUUUUGAAAUGUUUAUCUAAGAUUGGAUAGAUUUCAGCAGAGCUAUCAUCAAUUCACAAGGUCUAGUUCACACAGUAAGAAAAGGACUGCACAAGUUUUGAAUAUUUACAGCUGACGAGGAAAGCACAUUGACCUUGUAGUCAAGCGUCACGUUACUGCUAACAUCAAAAAACUUUUAAGAAAAUUAACCAAAUGAUGCAAAUGAGUGGCAAGUUUGACUCCUGGAAUUCUUGCUUAUAUAGUUUGUAAGAACGCUGAGGGGAAUUUAUUUUGACUAUCUAGGUUUAUAAUAUAGGGAAUUUUUGUUAUAAGGGUGGCUGAUAUAACAGAUGUGUAGUUCUGUGAUUUUUGCUUCAGAAAUAAAUGCUGAGGGUCCUUCUUGGGUAAGGUAACCGCAAGCACAAGAUGGGAUUUCCUCAGUGGGCGUUUUACUGCAGGGCUGUAGAAAUCCACACCAUCUGUGACCUAGUAUUGCACUUUGGAUUACAUUCUUCUACAGGGAAUGAAAUAUGUGGUGGGCUGUCCAUUUCAUAUCUGAGCAGUUUGAAUUUGUUUUUCAGAUGUUAGGAAUGACUGACCUAGUUUCUCUCCUGGUACCUUACAGGAACAAAACUGCCACCUGGUAGCAAGUAGCUUUGGGGGAUAUUGUCCUAUAGCUUGAUGUUUCAUUUGGAGACUGAUUUGCAAUUUGCUACUUGCCUACUCAAAUAAGUGGGAAUAUUUCAGUAAAAAUGCUAUUUAGUGCCUCAGAAA